AUGGUUGGUAAAGCUAGUUGGACUAGCAUGAAUGAAAAUAUACGGUUUGUUCUUCAUGUAGAUCACCCUCCACCCUCCACCUUACGCAGUCACGUUCCCCCAGCAUCGAUCAACCAGCUACCCUCACACUCAAGGCGGGCUGAGUGGGGAAAUCAUGGUUUGUCGUCACCUUCUGGUUCUCUUAACCUUACCGAAGCUUCCUUCCUCAGGGCUUGUAUCCCAUGUGUUCCUCUAUCUUUCACCAGAGAUAUAUGGUUACCGAAGAACAGAUGUCUUCCUCUCAACGGAAAGAGCUUUAACCAAUUUGAGGCACCCUUCCAUCCCCUGUAUACGCCCAAUUCCGCUGUCCUCCGAUGGAUUUGGAUUUCUCGUCAUGAUCACCUUGGGAACGGACCUCUACGAUUGGUUUCCGACCCUACUGGUCAGUCCACGUUAGCAGAGAGGGAGGGUGCCGCGUUAGGCUUUCCUCGCUAUGCUCCUGACCACUUGGUGUUGAGCGAUACCUGGUUGUAA